UUUACCCAUUAGUAACUAGAAGUCAUGGAGACUCUAAGCACAGUGAUUCUACUUAUAAUUCUCUCAGUCUGCUCCAGUGUGCAGUGUCAAGAACAUCUAUUCAACACUAGGAGAACUCUGUCCAUUCUAAUCAUCUCCAAUCCAUUUCCUGGGCACCUAAUGCCUCCAUCUAUUCUUGGUGAGGAACUAGUGAGAAGAGGGCACAAUGUAACUCUAUGCACAACACCUAUGUCUGGCUCUAAUCUGGCCCAAAAACUGACUGAUAAUGCAAGAAUGAAAUUCAUCAAUGCUGGCGAUGGUUAUUUAACGUACUAUGAUUUUCAGAGAGUUUUUGCAGCCGCAGGAAUUGGGAACAGUACAGAAAGUGAUCGAUGGAAAGUGUUUAACAUUCACCCGGACACUUCAAUCAGGAUGGGAAAGUUUCUAGAUCGAGACAAUCUAACAGACUAUGAUCUAAUUGUUGCUACGGAGAAGCUUGCACCUGUGUUGGCUUGUCUAAGCAAAAGAUGGAAUAUUUCAGGUAUUGUUUUGGGAACUACUCAUCAGCAUCAACUUCAUCUACUGCCCGAGUGGUCUUUUCCACCUUUCUAUGCAAACAAACGAGGAAGGAUACGCAUUUCUGAUGAUAUGACAUUCAGUGAGAGAAUGCGAGCAUUUCUAUUUGUUGAAUACAACAGACUUUACAGUCGAUUCUACAAAAGUCGCUACGAAUUUGUGUGUUCAGAUCCAGUGGUUGAUUACUCCUACAUGAAUGGUUACCUUGGUGUUCGUGCUCCCCACAUUAUUCCAACAGCUAUUGGUUUUGAGUACCCAAGAACGUUAUCUCCUCUCACUCACUAUGUUGGUCCACUGCUCAGUAAGCAAAAGAAAGAAUUAUCAAGUGACAUGCGUAAGUGGUUAGACUCCAAACCGCGAGCAGGUGUGAUAAUGAUCAGUAUGGGCUCGUUAGCUCACCUUACACGAGAACAAGGCAAAAUAAUUGUAGAUGCUAUCAGUUCAACCAAUUACAGUGUGGUGUGGAGUUUACGGGAACAAAACCGUGACAUUUUAGAAGGACUUGCAAUAGACAGUGACCGAUUUUUCUUAUCACCUUGGCUACCACAGGUAGCAGUGCUCAACCACUCUGCUAUUGGGUUGGCUAUUCUACACGGUGGAAUGAAUGGAGUACAUGAAGCCAUUGCUUAUGGAGUGCCAAUCAUUGUGAUUCCGUUCUGGAACGAUCAAGGGGACGUUGGUGCCAGACUGCAACACAGUGGAGCUGGAAUUCAAAUCCUUCGACACCACCUGUCAACUGGUACUAUUCUGGCUGCUAUUCUGCAAAUACAAAGAGGUAGCUUGGAUGCUGGCCUGGCUCGCCUGCAGAGAAUAUUCGUAAGAGCAGGAGGAGUGGAGAGAGCUGCUGAUUUGGUGGAGCACUACUGGGAGGUUGGCUACUCUCAUCUUGUCCCCUCUUAUGCUACAUACAACUGGAGCUGGGUGCAGUACUACAAUACUGAUGUCAAGGCAUUGCUCAUAUUAUCUGUGGUGUUAUCAAUUAUUUUUGUGAAUAGAAUAGUUUUUUGUUCAACUUCAAAACAAAAACACAAUUAAAACUAGUUUAUAGUUCCGCUACUACUAAAAUUGAUAUUCUUUG